GUCCAGCAGGUGGCGGUGUUCUGCAAUGCAGAGCGAAGAAUAAGACAUCACGGAAGCACAUGGUAGCCAGCGUCGGGGGCUCAAACCUCCGCAACUCUGCUGGAUAUUUGAAUUGACUUUCCUUUUCUCCUGAAAAUAGUAAUCCCGUGUUUGACUGUAUAAUUUAUCACCUUGUUUUUAUUCGGAAACGUCCAGUUCUGAUCGCUGACAUCAUGGUUCGCGCAACACGAGCUAAACAACAGAGAAGGCCUAAAAAGGUGGAACAGUAUGAUGAAGAUGACCCUGAAGCCUACAGAAAUAUGCCAGUUCCUGAUAAGAAGUCCUCAGAGUUCAUCAAGGACAGGAUCGACGACUUUCAUGAUGAGAAGAUUGCUAAACUUCUCGCUCGUGGUGUUCAGAUGGAGAGCGACGUAGAGGAGCUAGACGAUGAGGAGGAGGUGAUGGCUCUGGACGACUCAGAAUCGGAGGAGGAAGAGGGGACAGAUAUGGAGAGCGAUCUAGAAGAGAAAAAGGAAGAAGAUCUUCCUAAUGAAAUGGCGUGGGGAACCAAGAAGAAAACGUUCUACCACACGGAUUAUGUCACCACUAAGGGGAAAUCACAGGAAGAGUUGGACGUUGAGGAAGAGGAGGAGGAAGAAGAAGCAAAAAAUAUCCAGAAGCGUUUAGCUGCAAAUCUGAGUGAGGAGGAUUAUGAUUUAAACUUUCUGCAGGAGUUCGCAGUGGAGGAGAAGGAUGAAGUUGAAACUGUGGAGAAACAGGAGAAGAUUAUAAAGGAUUUGAAGGAGAUGUCUCAGAAGGAGAAGAUGAAGCUUCUGAAGAAAGAAUCACCGGAGCUGCUCGACCUCAUUCAGGACUUCAAGGCAAAGCUCACUGAAUUAAAGGAUGAGCUGCAGCCCCUCCUGCAGAUGGUCAAAGGUGGAAAGAUCCCUGCAGGAAAGGGGGCGGACUACCUCAAGACAAAACAGCAACUUUAUCUCAAUUACUGCACGAACAUCAGCUUCUACUUGGUACUGAAAGCAAAACGGAUCCCUGCACACAACCACCCUGUGAUCGAACGGCUGCUCACCUACAGAAACCUCAUCAAUGAACUGAGUGCAGUAGAUGCUAGUCUUGCACCAGAGUUUCGAAAACUUCUCUCUGGAGAUGAAGACAAAAAUUCAAGCAGACUAACAGAGGGGAAGAAGACCAAGACGCCAAGUGAAAAGGACAAGGACUCCGGAGAAACUCUACCUGAGAGUGGCGACUCGGACUCAGACCUGGAUGAGGAGGCUGCUUUGCGUUUCUACAAAGACGUGCAGGAACGGUUGAAAUUGAAGAGGAAGAGCAAAAACCCAGAAGAGUUGGAGGAAAAUGAUGAUGAGGGGGAUGAAGAGUUGAAUCCAGAUGCCAAAAGAGGAAUCACUUAUCAGAUGGCCAAGAACAAGGGGCUGACACCCAAGAGGAAGAAGAUAGAUCGUAAUCCCAGAGUCAAGCACAGAGAAAAGUACAGACGGGCCAAAAUCCGCAGAAAGGGCCAGGUUCGAGAUGUUCGUCGGGAAGAGACGCGGUACGGAGGGGAGGCGUCUGGUAUUCGGGCCGGUGUCAAGAAAAGCACCAAGCUUAAGUAAUCCGGAGAGAGCCCACGGUGUGUGGAGGUGCAGCUGUAUAUGUGCAUGUUUAUUAAUGGUCAACAGUCCUGAAAUCAUGCGGUGUUUCUCUGACAACAUGAAUAAACAUUCAAAGAACACUGACAA